CUGCAUCGGAACGAUGGUCACUUUCUGAGUAUCACAAAAAUCACCAAGGAAACAUGGGCUCGAGCGUCGAAUCCGUCCGUUUCGCUGUUUAUUUUAUCGUCGUUUGGAAUUCUGAAACAUUUCGAAAGAAUCGUUUAAACUGUUUGCAUGUGAACGUGGAUGAAAGUGUUUGUGCGUUCGUUUACUAAUGUCGUAUGCGAUCGAAACGGGGCUAAAAUUGAUGUAUCACCCGAAUGACCAAAACAAAGACAUUUUCGAAACGACACAAAAGAACUAAAAGUUUCAAAGAAGAACAAAAGAUGAUGAACACGCACGCACUCACUCACAAAUACAAGCAAAGGACAGUAGCACAAAAGUUACACCAAACACGUUGAGAUCAAUCUAGUCACACCAAUCGGCAAUUAAAUGACAAAUUUUCAUUCCACUAAAUAAUUUCUCUACCAUUUUAUAUUUUUCACUGUGUGAAAAUCAUUACGCGCCUUUGUUAAUGCGUCAAUUCACCAGGAAUUUAUUGAUAAAACUAUUACAUUUACACAACGGUGAUGCAUAGAGAAUGGAGAAAAAAGGAAAAAACAAAUAAAAAUCUGUGCGUCGUAAUCGCUGCACCAUCCAAACAAAAAGUUAUAUAUAAAAAAAAAACAGCACGAAAACUAAAUCGGAGUUAAGCGUCUUUAUCGUGGUUUUCGAUGUUUUAUUUUCGAAUAGCGCACGGUUUCUACUAUUCGUAUGCUGAACUUUUUUUUUCAAAUGUACUGUUGUUGUUUGUUUGGUUCGUUGCCAAUCUUUGUCCGUUUUAACAAACUCACUACCAUCAUGCCGACACAACGUUUAUGAGCGUAUUUCGUGAGUAGUAUAUCUUUCCAGUGUGUUUUGUUACUUGGGUGCAAAGUAUUAGUGCAACUGGUACAUUGGUGAAACGAUCGUGUGUCGAUACAGAGCAGCUGCGUUCAUCGAUAUGUGUGCGUGAAACAUUUUGACACUUACAUUUCGAGCGGCCUCAAGUCACAGUGACAGUUGUACCCGCUUGAAGUUGGAUGUCUAGACAACAAACAACAAGGCAACUACUUUCAAGUGAUUAUGAUUUUAUUACUUGUGAAAAUGAACCUUGAGAUAUAUGGAUAUAUAUGGAAUUUGAAAAAUGACAUAAAUACACUCAACGUUUACAUCUUAGUCUCAACGUUCUUAUGACAAUAUUUAACAUUUUUAUCGUAUGAACAAUAUUUUAUGUUCUCAAAUGAAUACAUUUUGUAAUCAUUUUCUUGACAAAAUUACAAAUCUGUGGGAAAAUCGAUGGUAUGAGUACCAAGUAUGUUUGGAUAAAAUCGUUUCUAAUUUCUAUUUUUACUGAUUGUUGUAGGUGUUGUCAUAUACUGUACAGUUGAAAGAAUUAUUAUGUAACUAUAAUCUACAUUGGCCAUGAAAAUUUUAUUUUUCACCAAAGAAACAUUUUUGAUUCGUAAAAUGGUUACUAAAACUUAAAGCUGGUCUGAAUGGGAGACUUCGUCACAUUGUAUAAUAGAAAAACAGUUUUAAGCAAUUUGAAGGAAUUGAUUGAUUUCUUGAUUCUGGCUACUUAUUCAAAUCAAGGGAUUCAACGAAAUUAUUGGAAAAAUGCAUUUUGAAAUAUGACAUCUUUUGGUUUUCAAUUGGAUAUACUCAAUCAAAACAUGUACAUAAAACAAUUGUCACGGUUUAUCUUUUAUUAUUCAUGCUCCAUUUCAAUUACACGUUCGAUAGCUCAUAUUUCGCACGGUAGAAAAUGACCCAAAACUAAUUGGAUCACAUUAGUCUAAUGAUAUAAUGACAUAAUUCGAUGAAAUUUUUCUAAAAAAAAAAUACACUCACUUCUUGCCACUGGAUUUGCUUUAAAAAGAAGAACGCGGCAGUUCCAUCGUGCAUUAGAUUUGGAUUUUUGCAAGUGAGUAAAUAUGAAGACAUUGGUGUUUAUUCGUCGCAUAUUGGUAAUAUGUGGACUUUGUUCGGAAGAUUCCGACAACUCACAUUAUGGACGUCUUAUUAACUGGAUAAUUUUGGGCUUAUUAACCGGCUUUUUGAUGAUCACUUUCGAGUACAUUUACACGCAUUUUGACGAACGUGAAAAUGCUCUUUACGCCAUCAUGCAAUUUGUUACAUUUUUCACCGUAUGGACCUGUUAUAUUUGUUUCGCGAAUCAAAAGCAACUUACGUACGAAUUCUUCGAAAAUCUGCAGGAGAUCACCGACAGUUACAGAAGGAGAAAUAGAAGAUAUGGAAUUUAUGAAGAAGCUGAAACCAAGUCUAACGGAAUAGCCAAAUGGCCAGCGUUAGUAUUUUUUGGUGCAUUCUAUGGGGUCAUCAUCAUAUCGGUUAUAGAUAUAAUUGUAUCUGAUUUGAUACCAGGUGAACUAAAUCCAGAAAAUUGGUACACAUUUUAUAAAAUGAGUGCACCGUUUGACCGAAGCAUGGUUUCUGGUUUUAUUGGUUACUUCAUUAUUCAAUUUCUAUUAUUGCAUUGCUAUUACGCCGGUUUGAUACCCUGUUUCUCAUUUUUCGUCGGUACUUGCUACUAUUUGGGAGCAUGUUGCGAUGACUUGAGUGAACAGUUUGAUGCUAUUGAUAACGACGUAUCGCAAAAUGAUAACAAUAUCAAAUCGAGAUUGAUUGCUAUUGUAAUAUUUCAUGUCAACCUUAUUGAGCAAUUUAAGUUACUGACACAAAUAUUUAGUGGAGUGAUUUUUUAUCAAUUGGCAUGUGGUUCAGCAUUUAUAUCGACCACUUUAUUCCAAUUGGAUUUGGCCUGGGGAAAUUUUGACGGCAAUUUCUUUGUAAUUCUUUGCGUUGUCGUUCUGAGCAUAAUGUGCAUCCUGCCGUACUGCUGGUUCGCCACAGUUUUGUCGCUUCAAUUGCAUAAUAUUAGCCAUGAUGCCUAUCAUUCCAUUUGGUAUGUUCAUCCACCGUAUUUGCAGAAAUACGUUCGAUGGAUCAUUAUUUAUGGUCAAAUACAAAGAAACUUUGACGGAUAUCAUAUUUUUAAAUGCUCAUUAGAGGUCUUUAUGAAGAUCACAAAGGCAUCUGGUUCAUAUUAUUUAAUGUUGAAGAGCUUCUAAGCUUCACCUUGAGAGAUUACUCAACCAAUUUCAUUUGGAAAACUUGAUUGAAUUUUUAUUCAAACCGAAUCAAUGUUAAAAAAUGGUUCAGUUUGUUGCUACAGUACAAUUUAAUUAUUUGAAUGAAAAUCACUUGUUUAUUGGUAGGCAAUUUCAGUUUCCUCCAAAUAGAACGUCAAUUCGUUUAAUGAUAUAUGAAACGUUUAAGUUCACAAAGAUUUACUUUGUUAAUAAAAUGUUGAUCUAGUUUCAGUCAAUUUGAUUUUUGAAAUACGCAUAUAGUAUAGCUUGCAGUUUCAUUUGGGUCGAUUAUUUGGGCCCUUCUUCAGGUACAAUAUUGUAGUUCAUGUUCUUCAUAGAAUAAAUGUUGGAAAAAAUCAAAAUAUUGAAAAAAUACAUUGUCAACUGACAGAAACUUCAUUGAUUUUGAACACACUCGCGACAAAAUGUGGAGUUUUCUUUCCAUAUAUAUAAACUCUUUAUUUAUGGCAAUUGGUAAAACAGAGUAAAAAUUUUAAUAAAUUAUAUAAAAGUAACGACUUCAUCAGUUCGUACAUCUACAAUUUUUGACGCUUUUCAUUUUCCUGGCGCA